AUGGGCAACCUCUGCAGCAGCGAAAGCGACCCCUUCUCCCAACCCGGCCGCACCCUCGGCACCACCCCCGCCCGUCCCACAUCCGUCUCCGUCCCAGCAUCCGUCAACAACAACAAACCUCGACGAGUCGGCGGUCCACCCCGCACCCUCGGCAGUUCAUCCUCCUCCCCCAUAUCACCCACAACCCCCGGGGCCGGAGCAGGAGGAGCGGGAGGAGAUCCCAACAGUGACGCCCGCGCACGCGCCGCAGCAGCGGCCGAGGAACGAUUACUCCGAGCCAACACCAACAAAGGUAGCGGGAAGUUGCAGGGGCAGUUGGAUCAGAGACGGGCUAUGACGGAUGCUGCGGCGUUGAGGGAGGCGAGUCGGAGUGAGGCGAGGCAGAGGGAGGUGGAUCGGAGUAGGAAUGUUUUGGCGCAUUCUUGA